AUGUCAGAUUCUGUGCCCGGAGAUUUUCCUCCCGAUCCACUUCUCGCUUCCGGAGCCUUCAUUUCCUCCUCCGCCGGUGACGGAACCCUAGGUAAUAGUGCGAAGCGGCGAUCGGUUCAGGGAGGAAUCGGAGUUUCUGGUUCGGGAGAGAGCGUACGCAUUGGGAUGGCUAACGGUACGGAUCAGAUGAAUCCAUCGCUGGAUAGUUCGGGUCAACAGGCGGAGUCUAAGUCGCGGAAACGUGCGGCGCCUGGAGAUAAUUGGUUGCCUUCUGGUUGGAGAGUUGAAGAUAAGGUUCGAACCUCUGGUGCUACAGCUGGUUCGGUUGAUAAGAUUGUGGGAUUCUUUUGA